AUGGAAAAGUUAACCUCUGUUCACUUUAUUGAUAUGGCAUAUCGUGGAUGGCAUGAAACCGAAUUUAUUGGAGAUAUUGUUAAAAAAAUAUCCGCAAAAUUAUGUGAAACAUUUCCAAUUGUCCAUGAUGGGUUGGUUGGAAUUAGUUCACGCUUGGAGGAGCUGUAUGUGAAAAUAGACAUUGGUGAAGACGAUGUCCGCAUUGUUGGAAUUUGUGAAAUGGGUGGCAUCGGCAAAACGACUCUUGCAAGAGUUGCUUACACUCAUAUGUCACCUCAUUUUGAAGGUAAAAGCUUUCUUGCUGAUGUUCGAGAAGUUUCAAAUAAAUAUGGACUUGUUUCACUACAGAAACAACUUCUUUCCCAAAUUUUGUCUGAGGAACACUUUAAUUUCUUUAAUGUUCACGAAGGAAAUGCCUUAAUUAACCACAGGUUAUCUAACAAAAAGGUUCUUGUUGUUCUUGAUGAUGUUGAUAACCUACAGCACUUAAAAUGCUUGGUUGGAAGGCGUGAUUGGUUCGGUCUAGGGAGCAGAAUCAUUGUAACAACAAGAGAUGAACAUUUGCUCCGAUCUUAUCGAGUUGAUGAUGUGUAUAAGCCUACAACAUUGAAUGCCAAUGAUGCACUUCAACUUUUCAAUUUAAAAGCUUUUAAUAGUGAGACAAGGCUAGAAAAUGAUUUUAGUGAGCUUUCUAAACAUGUUUUAAAAUACGCUGGAGGUCUUCCCUUAGCUCUUGAAGUUUUGGGUUCCUUUUUGUGUGGUAGAGAUGCAACCCAAUGGAGAAGUGCAAUAGAAAGACUUGAAAGAGAUUCCAACAAAGAAAUUAUUGAGAGACUUCAAAUAAGUUUUGAUGGAUUGGACCAAACUGAGCAAAACAUAUUUCUAGAUAUAGCAUGCUUCUUUAAUGGGGAAGAGAAAGAUUUCGUAAUGAAAGUAUUAGAUGGUUAUUGUGGGCAGAAAGAGACGUUUAUCAUGUGCUAA